AUGAACUACCCCCCAGGCACGCCCGCACAUGCCAUACUGCCCGUCAAUGUCCAGUCCACGUCGAAGCAGCCCGUAGCUGACAAGGCUCUGCACGAAGCCACCUGCAAGAACAAUGGCAGUACACAACAGCCCAGAGAAACAACCGCCGGGCAGGACAUUCAGAAGAAUCAUAAGAGACCCUACACCGCCCGGGCCUCGUUCCUCUUGCCUCGCCGAUCCUCAACCACCAGCAAAGACAAGCAGAGGAGCCGCCGUCCUGACAUGGACUUACACCACGAUCCUUCAUCAGCUGGCAUGACGGGGCAGUCGUCUGCUUCGUCCAACAGACACCACCACCCGCCCACCGUCUCGGCAGCGGGCUACUCCUCAAGUCCGUUUGCCGCAUGGCGACGAGGCUCGACGUCUGUUUCCCCCGGCACCGAGUCGGCCCCAUUGACGGCCGCCGACGCCGUCGUUGGUCUCCUUGCCGCAUCGUGCCAGGCGCAGUGUGACUUGGACGAGUUGAACACGUCACCGAUGGGGGGGACCGCGCCGCUGACGAGGCUCCUCGCCAAGGUCAAGUCGUUCAAGACGACGGCCCAGCUAUUGCACAAGUUCCUGCGGCGCGUCGAAGCCGGCACCCUGGCGCACCGAGAUCGCCCAGCCCUGGUGGAUCUGGACGUGCUCGUCACUGUGCUGACCGCUUCCAUUCUGACCGUUUCCGAGUUGGAGAGCCGGCUGGAUGCUUUGCUGGUCCAGGCCAACGAGCUGGGCCUCGGCAUUGACGAGGUAGUGCCGCACUGCUCGAAGAGCCUGGCCAAGGAUGCCAACAGGAUUGCAAUGGUGGACUUUAUACUCACCCAGCUUCUGAAUCUUCUACAGGUGAGCAGUCACCAAGACGCAGCGCGCCACCAGGCCCAAGCCGCCCUCGCCGUCAUGGACAUGCUCCAAGCAGACGCCAACCUCGCCAGCCGCAUGCGACAACUACAAGAUACAGCCAAUGGCCUCCAGCUCGUCUCCCAAGAGCGUCGUGCCCAAACUGCUUCUCGGUCCCCGCCAAGCUACAGUCUUCCUGCAUCAAGGGGCAACGACGAGCUGCCCAGCUACGACCAGGCUCUCGAUGACGACUCCGUCACCAUUCAGCCCCGAGACUGGUCCGUCUACUCGGGCUUGAACCUCGGCGACAUAUCUACCUUGUCCAGAAUCAGUCUACCUCUGAUCCUGGGUGAAAUCAAAGACGCUUACUACUACACGCAACAGUAUGCGCAGUCCGUGAGAGAAGGACUCAUCGCGUUGGAACAAGGACGAAGCCCCCAUAAGUCCAAGAGCUUGGCUCGGGUGCUGGGUAUCCGAGAAGGGAGCAGCAGGGAACACAAUAGCCGCCCGUCAGAUCAUGGUGGCCUGACGCACAGAUUGGCGCUCAUGGUAGCGAGGGGAAAUUUAUUGGCUCCAUCACACUAG